AUAAAAUAAUAAAAAGAAACAUUUUUGUCAGAGAAUUCAAACCCCUAAACCCCAUAAACCCCGAUCAUGGAGAACAAGUACCCCUGAACUCGCCCGAAGCAGCUCUCUCCUCCAGUUUGCGCUUCCACUCCUGCCCUCCCAUUCCCGCCAUCGACGCCGCUCCCCCCAUUCCUUCCGCCGUCGCCAAUUCCCCCAUCGUAAGUGUCCCGUACUGAGUAUUUGGUAAAUUCCGGAUGUGAAUGUGGAAAGAUGAUGAAAGUGGAUUAAAGGACGUUGAUUUUGCGGGCUAGGGUUCUGUUGGGUUUUAAUUACCCUUGUCCGGAUUUCGUGAUCGUUUUUACUAUUUGGGUUUAAUUGUUUAAGAUGAUUCUGAUGGUUUUAUGAUCUAGGGGUGCAUCCAAUGUCUUUUGAUCAACUACUACAAACAACCAUCAAUUAUUCGAUUGUUUUGUUUUAUGCACCAAGGUAUGCUCUCGUGUUUGCGGAAGAUCUUGUUCCAUCAUUGGACUUGAGGGAGGGGCGCUGUUUUCUUCGCAUUUUGUGAUGAACUUCCACAUUGGGAAUUAAGGCUAUUGUCAGAUAGUUGAGAGUGUACAUUUGUAUUUUCUGAUGGGGAAAGGGAAAUCAUCGUUGCCUCCUGGUUUUCGGUUUUGUCCAACUGAUGUAGAGCUUGUACAAUAUUAUUUGAAGAGGAAAGUAAUGGGGAAAAGACUCCCUUAUAACUUUGUUGCAGAGGUCGACAUUCAUAAGUAUGCUCCUUGGGAUCUUCCAGAAAAAUCUAGCUGGCAAAGUGGAGAUUUAAAAUGGUACUUCUUUUGUCCUACAGAAAGGAAGUAUCCAACUGGGGCUAGAGCGAAACGUACAACUGAACGUGGGUACUGGAAGGCCACGGGAAAUGACAGAUCUGUUCUUUACAAUGGUGAAGUUGCAGGAAAGAUAAAAACAUUGAUUUUUCAUACAGGUCGAGCUCCAAAAGGAGAGCGAACAGACUGGGUUAUGCAUGAGUAUAGGCUUGAAUCUAAGGACCUAGCUAAUCGUGGCGUGCCUCAGGAAUCGUAUGUGCUCUGUACCAUUUUUCAAAAAGAAGGGCCAGGGCCAAAAAAUGGUGCACAAUAUGGUGCGCCCCUUAUGGAGGAAGACUGGAGUGAUGAUGAGGCUGAAAAUUGUUCAGAAGCAGUCGCACAUGCAAAUAUGCCUGAACCAAACCUUGUGCUGCCGAGUAACUACAAUAGCACGUAUUCCCAUGAAAGUAUACACAUACGUUCUUCAUCUGAAUCGUGCAUAUCAGAUGUUGUACCACUUUCUUGCCAUGUUCCCCAACUGGUUUCCAGUAAUCAUGCUACAGUUGAGGAGCCUCAUACUUCCAAUGAUGAUGAUAUCCUGUCAAUAUUGGCUUGCUUCUCGGAAGAAAGCCCUUCCUUAAUCAAAGAAAACGAAAAAAAUGAGGAGCUUGGUAAUGUUGUUCCUAUCGGAAAUGCUAGUGCUACACCUCACGUCGUUAGUAAUGAUAUUUACGUCACUUUAGGAGAUUUGGGCAAGGUGGCUAGAGUAGGUGAAGAUGGAUGUAGUUUCUCCAGUUUGCCUAAUUCUGUCUGUGCUACGGGUCAAAUGCCGCGAGGUGACGAUGGGCAAUAUUUGGAGCUGGAUGAUCUUGGCGAACUAUUUAAUUACCAUGAUUCUACGCACACUCGGCCUCCUUCUAUGUUCGGUGAGCCUCAAACUUUGCUGGGAGAGAUGCCUUUUCAGGGUGAGACCAGUUGAAUGUGUUUGAUAACGUGAACUUCUGAAAUUGUUACUGCCCUCCAGUCUUUCAGAUCAAAACUUGUUAACCGGUUUCGCCAACUUGCAGAAGUUCACCUUAUCAAACACAGCAUUCGAGUUAAUUCUGCAAAUUCUUUUUCAUUGUUAAAACACAACAGUUGUAAAUCCUAAUUCAGUAGUUUUGUGUUGGAACUUGGAUUUGGAUUGCGUCACCAUUUUAUAUUAAAAAAUUUACAUGAUACAGAAGAACUAAUUCACUUA